AUGGCGUCAUUAUUUGAAUGGGCGUUCGGGAAGAAGCUCACUCCUCAGGAGAGGCUUCGUAAAAACCAAAGGGCACUUGAAAAGACUCAAAGGGAGUUGACCCGCGAGGUUACGAAGCUUCAACAACAAGAAAAGAAAUUGAUACUGGAAAUCAAGAAGUCGGUGAAAGCUGGACAAGUCGCUCUGGCUAAAAUCCAGGCUAAAGACCUUGUACGGACAAAAGGCUACAUUGUAAAAUUCAAUCAAAUGAAAGCCCAACUACAAGCGAUAUCGUUGCGAAUCCAGCUGGUUCGUCUGAACCAGCAGAUGGCAAUGCUGAUGCACGAUGCCACCAGAUUAUUGGCAGGUAUGAAUCGGCUGAUGAACUUGCCACAAUUGAGUCGAAUCGCUCAAGAAUUCGCGAAGGAGAACGACAUCAUGGAUCAGAAGCAAGAAUUUAUGGACGACGUUGUCGAUGACGCUAUGGCAAUCGAUGAUGACGAGUUGGGUGAAGACGAACAAGUUGACGAGAUUUUGGGCAAAGUUAUGGAUGAGAUUGGUGUCGACCUCAAUACAACUCUCAAGGACACCCCUAACGGUCUCUCUGCAGAGGCAGACUCACGCCAGGCCGUUGCUGCCCACGGAGGUCUGGAUGAAGAUGAUUUACAAGCUCGCCUUGACUCCUUAAAGAAGUAA